AUGAAUACUCCGCAAUCUAAUAAGAAAAAAAGCCGCAGCAGAGUUGGUCAUAAUGACACUGAGGUUAUUGCUGAAAUUUUAACACCUGGGGAAGCCACGAGAUGUGUAUUGAUUACGCCUUUGGCUGAUGAACCGAUGAGACCCACCAAGCUGGGGAUCAACGACAGCAUCCCAGUGUUGUCCAUGGACAAAAUUGAUGAUAAAAAAGGUAAUAAUAUUCUUCAUGAGCGGGACAAGGAGGAUAAGGCUGUUCUGAGUUCCUUGCCAGUGGCCGUUGUCAAGGAGCUAGAUGGAUAUGAAAGACAGAUUGGAGAAGCUGAGCCUUUACCUAAUUCUUAUGUUAGGUUUAUGGAAAGAAGAGAAGUAGAAUACGACCUCGACGAAGAAGAUUCAGCGUGGCUAGCAUUAAUGAACGAGCGUCGAAUCUCCUCCGGACUCCCAGCAAUGGAACCAGACGUCUUCGAGCUGCUAAUGGACCGCCUGGAAAAAGAGUCUUACUUCCAGCAGCAAAACAACGGCGGAGGCGGAAUCGCCGCCGAUGAAGACGCAGUGUGUUGCAUUUGCAUGGACGGCGAGUGUCAGAACAGCAACGCAAUUUUAUUCUGCGACAUGUGUAACCUGGCAGUGCACCAAGACUGCUACGGAGUCCCUUACAUCCCCGAAGGCCAGUGGCUGUGCCGCCGAUGCCUCCAAAGUCCCUCCCGCGCAGUAGACUGCGUCCUCUGCCCAAACCGCGGCGGAGCUUUCAAGCAAACCGACCGCUCCGCCACCUGGGCGCAUGUGGUCUGCGCCCUCUGGAUUCCUGAAGUUCGCUUCGCGAACACAGUGUUCCUGGAACCGAUCGACUCAAUAGAGAGCAUUCCCGCCGCCAGGUGGAAGCUCAUCUGCUGCGUCUGCAAGCGCAGAGGAGUUGGAGCUUGCAUUCAGUGCCACAAAAGCAACUGCUACGCGGCCUUCCACGUGACCUGUGCUCAGCAAGCUGGUCUGUGCAUGAGAAUGCGGACAGUCCAACCGGCCAAUGGCGAGCCAAUGUUAGUACAAAAAACAGCUUACUGCGAAGCUCACACCCCCGCGGAUUAUCAACCUUCGACAAAUCCCGCAGAUGCCAGAAGGCGAGCAAUCGCUAAUAAAAAAAGUUCCUCUGCUCCUGUGAUUUCUAUUCCUACUAUCCCGCCGGAGAGGAUCCGGGAGAUUGCCAACCUAGCGGAAGGCUUGCCGAAGAAGAGUCAGCUGAUACAACGCUUGUUAGCCUACUGGACCCUGAAACGUCAGCACAGGAAUGGAGUUCCUCUACUUCGUAGGCUGCAAAGUUCUCACCCUCAUUCUUCCAGGCCUAAUCCAUUUUGCGGAGGCAGUUCACCAGCUGACAGUGAAAUGAGAGGAGAAUUGUACAGACAGCUUAAAUAUUGGCAGUGUCUACGUCAAGAUUUGGAGCGAGCUAGGCUGCUGUGCGAGUUGGUGAGAAAGCGGGAAAAACUAAAAAAAGAAUGGUUCAAGGUCAAGGAAAAGUGCAUGUGGUUUGAGCUAAAACCUCUGGAGAGCACGCUCAAAUUACUGCUGGAAGCGAUCAAAAGUAAGGACACUAAUGACGUCUUUGGACAGCCGGUCAACACAGAAGAGGUUCCUGAUUAUCUGGACAUUGUUACUGAACCAAUGGACCUUUCUACGAUGGAGGCAAAAAUUGACAAGCAGGAGUAUGAUAGCAUCUCUGCUUUUCAGAGUGAUUUUAAUUUGAUGGUCAGCAAUUGUCUCGCUUACAAUAGGAAGGACACGAUGUUUUACCGCGCGGGGUUGAAGAUGCGGGAGCAGGGGGGCAGUUUGAUUGACCAGGUGAGAAAAGAUUACCCGGAGUUUGAUAAAGCUGCCUUGGAGAGGGAGAGAAUUAAGGAGCUGGAGAGGGAGAAGGAGAAGGAGAAGGAGAAGGAAAAGGAGAGGAGCCUUCUUGAGGAGGAGAAUAAAGUUAAAAGCGACACUGGAAAGAGGAAGAGAGAGAGGAGUGUUAGGAACAGAAGCGAAAGCGAGUCUAAUAAUCAGGAGAAGGAAGUUUUGGGAGUUAAUAGGAGGACUGCGGUGUUAUUUACUAGGAAGGCUAAGGCCAGGGCUAAUAAAGGAUCUCCAGGUGUCCUGGUGGAAGAUAAAAAGCAAGGUGAUGCUUUUAAGGUUUAUAGAUCUGGAGGAGUUGAUAGUGAUAUUGGAGAUGAUGGAGAGAGCCAGUCGUCUAGUUGCAGUAGUUGCUCCACUAGCAGGUCUACUACUCCCGAGUUGGGGGAGGAUGAUGAUGAUGAUGAUGAUGAUGAUGAGCGCGUUGUGAAGAAAAGCAAGGAUGACGAGAGGGUCGAGAGUGACCGGCUUGAGGCUCUCCAGCUGGUUUGGGCCAAGUGUCGGGGGUAUCCUUGGUAUCCGGCGUUAAUUAUUGAUCCUAAUACUCCCAGAGGGACUGUUCAUAAAGGUGUUCCUAUUCCUGCACCGCCGGAUGAUGUCUUGGCGUUGGCUUUUGAAAAACCGGGUGACCUGUGUCACCUUCCAUGUAAUAAGUCGACUCGUUAA